AUGGCGGAACCAUUGGUCUAUGUGGACCCUAAGGCAAUGGAGAUCUCUGUCAACGUGGACCCGAAGAAAGCGGAGUUCUCUGUCAACGUGGAUCCCAAGACAGCAGAGUUCCCUGUCAACGUGGACUCCAAAAAAGCGGAGUUCUCUGUCAACGUGGACCACAAGAAAGCGGAGUUCUCGGUUAACGUGGAUCCCAAGACAGCAGAGUUCUUUGUCAACAUGGAUCCCAAGACAACGGAGUAUUCUGUCAACGUGGACCCCAAGAAAGCGGAGUUCUCUGAUAACGUGGAUCCCAAGAUUGCGGAUUUUGCUGCCAACGUGGACCCCAAGAAAGCGGAGUUUCCUGUCAACGUGGACUCCAAGAAAGCGGAGUUCCCUGUCAACGUGGACUCCAAGAAAGCGGAGUUCCCUGUCAACGUGGACUCCAAGAAAGCGGAGUUCCCUGCCAACGUGGACCCCAAGAAAGCGGAGAUCCCUGUCAACAUGGACCCCAAGACAUCGGAGUUCUCUGCCAACGUGGACCCCCCAAAAAAGCGGAAUUCUCGCUGCAUUGCACAGCUCAGUGUCAUUCCUCGCCUGUGUGGCAUACUGACAGGUGUUGGAUGCGAGAUUCCUCAUCUACCAAUGAAACUGACAUGGUCCAACCAACCCGCACUUGACCCUGGUGUGGACCAAAGAGCUAUGCCUAAGGAGGUACCCGAUAUUAGCAUGUUAUUCUUGAGCCACUUCAGGUCUAGCUUGGAUAUGAGAUCCAACCUUCUUGGGUCUCUGUUUCUUGGAUCUCUGGUUCUUGGAUUUUUGGUUCUUGGAUCUAUGGCCCUUGGAUCCCUGAUUCUUGGACCUCUGAUUCUUGUACCUUUUGUUCUUGGACCUCUGGUUCGUGGACUUCUGGUUCUUGGACCUUUGAAUCUUACAUCUCUGAUUUUUGGACUUCUAGAUUUUGGAUUUCUAGUUCUUGGAUCUCUGAUUCUUGGACCUCUGGUUCGUGGACAUCUGGUUCUUGGACCUUCGAAUCUUAGAUCUCUGAUUCUUGGACUUCUAGGUCUUGGAUCUCUCUGGAUUUUGGUUCUUGGGUCUCUGGUUCUUGGACCUCUAGUUCUUGGAUCUUCGAUUCUUGGAUCUAUGGCCCUUGGAUCCCUGAUUCUUGGACCUCUGAUUCUUGUACCUUUUGUUCUUGGACCUCUGGUUCUUGGACCUUUGAAUCUUAGAUCUCUGAUUCUUGGACUUCUAGGUCUUGGAUCUCUCUGGUCUUGGAUCUCUCUGGUUUUUGGGUCUCUAGUUCUUGGAUCUCUGAUUGUUGAACCUCUAAGUCUUGGAUCUCUAGUUCUUGGAUCUCUGAUUCUUGGACCUCUGAUUCUUGUACCUUUUGUUCUUGGACCUCUGGUUCUUGGACCUUUGGGUCUUGGCCCUUUGGGUCUUGGACCUCUGGUUCCUGGGCCCCGAGGGAACAGCAGACGACGUAGAAAGAAAAGCGAACGCAAGGAAAAUUAA